ACUCCUGGGAGAGUUGGCUCUCAAGGUUCUGAUGUAGAUUCAACAGCAACUUCUAUAAAUACUGUGGAUGUUAAUAAUGAAAGUUCCUCAGAGGGUUUCAUAUGUCCCCAGUGUAUGAAAGCUCUUGGCUCUGCCGAUGAACUUUUCAAACACUAUGAGGCAGUUCAUGAUGCUGGCAAUGACGCUGGUCAUGGUGGAGAGGCCAAUCUUGCUCUGACACGAGAUGACAUAACACUACUCAGACAAGAGGUCCAAGACCUACAGGCCUCACUUAAGGAAGAAAAAUGGUACUCAGAAGAAUUAAAGAAAGAAUUAGAAAAAUAUCAAGGGCUACACCAGCAAGAGGCUAAACCUGAUGGAUUGGUGACUGAUUCAUCUGCAGAACUAAACUCUUUAGAACAACAAUUAGAAGAAGCCCAAACAGAAAAUUUUAAUAUUAAGCAGAUGAAAGAUUUAUUUGAACAGAAAGCAGCCCAACUUGCUACUGAAAUUGCAGAUAUAAAAUCAAAAUAUGAUGAGGAAAAGAGUCUCCGAGAAGCUGCUGAACAAAAAGUGACACAUUUGACUGAAGAAUUAAACAAACAGACAACUGUAAUUCAGGAUCUGAAAACUGAACUGCUUCAGAGACCUGGUAUAGAAGAUGUUGCUGUAUUAAAGAAAGAACUGGUCCAAGUUCAAACACUAAUGGAUAAUAUGACUUUGGAACGUGAGAGAGAAUCUGAAAAACUCAAAGAUGAAUGCAAAAAGUUACAAUCAGAAUAUGCUAAUUCAGAGGCUACAAUAAGCCAACUAAGGAGUGAACUUGCCAAAGGCCCCCAAGAAGUUGCUGUGUAUGUACAGGAAAUACAAAAACUUAAAGGUUCAAUUAAUGAAUUAACACAAAAAAACCAGGUAAGAAUUUUAAAGCUACAUAUAGUGAUGAAUAGAUUUCAUCUUCAUUAAAUAUUAUUUGUACAA